AUGUACUAUACAGAUACUACUGUUAAAUCAUCUUGCGAAAUCCUCUUCGUCGUCGUCUCCUCGGAAUCCAUCGCCUCGCAAAUUGUUCUCAGUCGAGGCAAUGCAGGAAGAGUAUCAGGCUCUGCUGAGAAAUCAGACCUAGACAUUGCAUAUGAAAAAGAGUUAAUGGUCGUGGUGCUCGCUAUCCAACAUUGUCGCCCAUAUCUCAUAGGGAACAAGUUCACGGUGUGCACAGAUCAAAAGAGUUUAAAACAAUUAAUGCAGCAACGUCUAACCAUAAUGGAUCAACAAAAUUGGGUGGCUAAGCUUUUGGGAUAUCAAUUUGAUGUAGUUUAUAAACCUGGUCUUGAGAACAAUGGUGCUAAUGCGUUGUCCCGUCAGUUUGAUACUUCCCCAAACAACACCAUGGUAGUCCUUGCUAAUUCAGAUGACAGGUUAACACUUCAUCAUUCUAUGAUUUUCCGUCUUGAAUGGUUAGAUUUCAAGGCUGUCCAUGACGAGGUACAGCAGGAUCCAACUUUACAGGCAAUCAUUUCGGCUUUACAAAAGAGGGAAACCACAAGACCUGGGUUCAAGAGAAAGCUCAACCAACAUCUUCCAUCUUCCAUUGAUACUCAGACCGAGUUUCUCGGCUUUGCAUAUUGCUUUAACAAGAUACACUUCCUGUUUUUCAAUAAUGUAAUCUGCUGCUUUGCUAAGAAUCAAGCCACCAAGAGCCAUACCAGUGAAGACAUAAAACCUGGUCUUGAGAACAAUAGUGCUAAUGCGUUGUCCCGUCAGUUUGAUACUUCCCCAAACAACACCAUGGUGGUCCUUGCUAAUUCAGAUGACAGGUUAACACUUCAUCAUUCUAUGAUUUUCCGUCUUGAAUGGUUAGAUUUCAAGGCUGUCCAUGACGAGGUACAGCAGGAUCCAACUUUACAGGCAAUCAUUUCGGCUUUACAAAAGAGGGAAACCACAAGACCUGGGUUUGCACUACAAAAUGGGGUUCUUUUGUAUUAG